AUGGACAGCGAACCGGCCAUUAUCGAGACGGCCCCCGUCACCGACCUCGUUUUAGUCGUCGGACCGGGCACGGAGCGCAUCCCCGUCGAGUCAGCCAUCCUCAAAGCCGCCUCGCCCGUCUUCGCCUCGAUGUUCUCCCCACCCUGGCUGGAAAGCAAAAGCAAGGAGAUCCCCCUCCCUGAAGACGACUCAGAUGCGAUGCGUUUCAUCACCCUCACCCUUUCGUACCACAACGAGCACGAGCUCGUGACCAAACCGCGCACGCCCCAGGAGAUCUUGCAGAUUGCUAUUGCAGCGGACAAGUACGACCUGCGUACCGCACUCAAGUUCGUCUUGGACUUUUUAUUCAGGGAGGCGAGUAAGACGUGCCCAGUGGCCAAGAAUGAGGACGGGAGUCAGACGGCGAUGGCGGGGGAGGACAUUGUCUAUCUAUGCGCCUCGGCUUACGCACUCGACCGGUGCGACUAUUUUAGCCGAUUUGCAUUGGACAUGAUGUGUUACCAUAGGUUGUCUUUUUUUGAGCUCAUGAAUGAUGAGCUGAUCAGCAGCAUAUUACCUUCAAAGUUUUUUGAGCGGUUCAUUAUUACCUACAACAAGCCUGGAAAUGGGUCUAUUCUCCAUCGGGGAAUGAAGACCUUGCAAGAAUUGCUCGCUGAAGACAAAUCUUUUAUCAGAGGGCAUUGUCUCGAGCGUUCGAGAGCGCACAGUAACGAUAUGCAAACCAAUCUGUCGCUCAGUACCACGGUGCAAACUGCGUACGAGGAGUUCGACGCCAUAUUAUGCGUGUACAAACUAAAGAACAAGGACGGUUGCGACGCAAAGCAUGCAAGACUAACUGCCGCUGGACCUACAAAUUGA